ACGCAACGCCGUUCCAGAGGGUAUACAACGGCUAACAGUUGUUCUUUGGGAAAGGACAUAAUGCACAGAUUCAUAUCUACCAACUAGGGAAUUUUUUCUGCUUUCUCUGUCUGCUUAUUCAAAGAACAAAAACCCCUCUCUCUAUCUCACCGAGCAGUUCACGUCCUCUAGCUUCAAGCUUACUCCCCCACACCCAACGGACUGUCCUCUCUCUUCUCCCAUCCUAUCCACACCUCUCCAUACCCUCGACCCAUCUAUAAAACCACCACAAGAUGACAGCCGUACCCAAACGCCGGCUCGCAGCCCUAUCCGAGCAACUCGUCAAGGGCAUCCCCUCCGAGGGCGAGUUCGAAACCAUCCCCAAGAUCCGCCACGUCGCAGGACCAUCAGCUGCACAACGGGCACAAGGAAAAGUCGUCAUCGUGACAGGAGCCAACAGCCCUAUUGGGAUUGGACGAGCAUCAGCCCAUCAAUUCGCCGAGAAUGGUGCUCUCGCCGUAUACAUCUGCGAUUAUGACGACAGCCAUCUCGAGCGCCACAAACGGGAACUGGCAAGCCUAUACCCGGACGUAAAAGUCCACCCGAUGAAAGUCGACGUCGGAGACGAAGCACAAGUGAAAGCCGUGAUCGACGACGCAAUGUCCCGGUAUGGACGGUUGGAUGUCAUGUUUGCAAAUGCAGGGAUUGUGGGCGUGCCCAAUACAUUUGAACAUAUCACUCCAGAAGCAUACAUGAACACGAUGCGGGUUAAUGGACUGGGAGUGUUUUUGUGCUUCAAGCAUGCGGCAAUCGCCAUGCGCAAGACCACGCCGCAGAAGGAGUUCCCGGGUGGAAGUAUCAUUGGCACGGCAUCCGUGGCGGGACUCCGGUCUAAUGCUGGUGGAACCGAUUACUCGGCCAGUAAGGCAGCUGUCGUGAGUAUGGCUCAGACGAUGAGUUAUCAGCUUUCAGGAACGGGUGUUCGUGUCAAUGCUAUUUGUCCCGGUGUGAUUGAAACGGGCAUGACGAAACCAAUGUACGACAAUGCCCGUACUCGAGGCACAGAAAGGAAAAUCGGUCAGUUGAAUCCUCUUCAGAGAGGUGCAGUUGCAGAUGAAGUGGCGAGGGUGGCUCUUUUCCUGGGUUCUGACGAGUCGAGUUAUGUGAAUGGUCAGGCUUGGGCUGUUUGUGGUGGUCUUUCUGCUGGUCAUCCUUUUGUUCCGGGUAAAUUGGGAUAGGUUAGACCUGAACAGUGAGAUUGACAAUAAGAAUGACAAUUGGCCGUCGA